UUUCUCUCGGCUGUAAAAGUGCACAGUCUGUCAACUGAAAUGCAAAUAGCCCUUCUGCGUGUAUCUGUCUCGAUACGUUAUCUUCAUGUAGGGGUGGGUAGCGUGACCUACGGCUAUCCAACUCCACUAAAAUCCGUUUAUGUGUAACGUUCACCAGCGAUCGUCGGCCCUGAAUGAUUGCUCAACAUUCAUCUCCGCCGCACCGCGAACACACGAGGAGAACGACACCCGUAACGAUCACCGGAGCAGUCCUCUGGCGGCUCUUAGCGCCAAAGACCGUUUGUUUUGGCACCCCAGGGAAGUGGGUUUUACAACCGCUGUUUUUAAGCCCUUUUAGACAGUCAUGUGAUUGUAACGUAACCCGACCGGAAAACACCGACGACCAUCGCCGCCAAUGCUGCGUUUGAGAGGAACAGAGCAGCUGCGAGCCCAGCGGACAAGUCUCCCGGUAACAGACAACAACUCGAGGACUCCACACACUCACGCGGAGGAAAGGUGGAAGUAUGGAGCUGGCCAAUCAUGGUCUUAUCCUUCUGCAGCAGCUCAACGCACAGAGGGAGUUUGGCUUCCUGUGUGACUGCACAGUCGCCAUCGGCGAUGUCUUUUUCAAAGCACACAAGGCCGUGCUGGCCGCAUUCUCGAACUACUUCAGAAUGCUAUUUAUACACCAGGACAGUGACUGUGUUCGUUUGAAGCCUGCUGACAUUCAGCCCGACAUCUUCAGCUACCUCCUCAAUCUGAUGUACACCGGAAAACUGGCGACACAGCUUAUCGACCCAGCUCGUCUGGAGCAGGGCGUCAAGUUCCUCCAUGCGUAUCCUCUCAUUCAGGAGGCAAGUCUGGCUAGCCAUGCGACUCAUGCGCACCCCGAGGUUAGCCUUCCCCUGUCAUCCUCUCUUUAUGGCAUUCAGAUAUCAGACCAACAGGCCACACUCACGAACCGCCCCUCAGCGAGAACACAUCUCUCUUCGGCGUUCGACUCGGAAGGUGGCGGUUUGCUCGAUGGGAAGUGCAUGGCCACAAACAAAGCUACCUCACUGACUCAGCCUGUAUCCAAGCACAGGCAAGCUCUGUCAGAAGCGGAGAUGGAAGCAUCCGCGAGCAUCAGUCAGUUUGUGAGGGAAGGCGGCGAGAUGGAAACAUCUGUAAGUGAGGCCCCAUCUUGCUCCCUGAGCAGCAACACCAUUCGGCAUGUGAAGCCCAGCAUCAUGAGAAGAAGUUCCUCUCUGAGGAAGCAUUAUACGUGCCAUGUAUGUGGGUUUCGCUUCACCCAGCGAGGAGCCUUACGAGAGCACCUGCUUCAACACACUCAGGCUAUGCUCCCCCUGGUGUUAGAGUCUGGUGGUGCGGCUUCCCCCAUGCUAACUGGAGGUGCCGCCACACCAGAGGUGGAGGAAGUUCUCAGAGGAAGCGAAGCCGCUGCAGCCACUCCCAUCAUCGUGGACGGUGCCAGUGACAGUGAGCAACAUGUGUACUCAAGAGACUCACCUCAUCCUGAAACAGCUAUGCCUGUCCCAACGACAACUGCAGUCAGCCUGUGCAUGGUGCAGCCCCAGGCUGACACUCCACCUCCAUCCGAUAUCGCUGAUAUCGACAACCUAGAGGGUGCAGCUGACAUGGAGCGGGAAGUGAAGCGGAGGAAAUAUGAGUGCUCCACUUGUGGCCGCAAGUUCAUCCAGAAGAGCCACUGGAGAGAGCACAUGUACAUCCAUACGGGAAAGCCGUACCGCUGCAGCGCUUGCGGCAAGAGCUUCUGUCGGGCCAAUCAAGCAGCCCGGCACGUUUGCAUGAAUCUGGGCUCAGAGCCAGCGUACACCAUGGUAGACCGACAGAGCAUGGAGCUGUGCGCCGCGGACGACUCCAGCCAAAUGGAGGCGCUGUUUCUCGGCUCUUCUGGGAGACCGUACAAAUGCAAUGUGUGUGAAAUGACCUUCUCCAGCCCCAAUGAGGUGAUCAAGCACCUGUGCUUCAACCAGGGUGCGCUCUCAGUUGGAGCGGCUGGAGAAAUGGCCAUCAGUGGGCUGAACAGUGACAGCCUGGCCAAAGACGAAGGCUCGGAUUCAUCCAGUGGUGGGCCGUUGAUAACGCCCAUCAAAACUGAAGAAGUCUUUGUUGAAUAGCUUUGCAUUCAUCCACUUCAAAGUAUUGUUUCUUUUAAUGUAUUGCGUUUCAAUUGUGGGUAAAUUAUGAUCAGAAGUUAAGCUACAGAUGGAAAAUUCUGUUAUAUUGUCUCUUUUUUUCUGGGGAUUUUACUUCUGGAAAGUACUGAAAUCUACUACUACUUUCUGCUUUUUUAACACUCAUAAAUUUGGUUACUAUAUUUAUAACAGAUUGAAAGCAUAUUUAGUCCAACAAGUCAAAUUCCUGCUUCAUUCUGUAUUUCUUUCAAGGAGUUUAUUAGUUACUUGGGUCAUUUGUUUGGGUAGUUUGUGUUUCUUCCUGUCUAACAGCAUACAGAAAAAAGGAUGUAGUGAACUGCUGUUAUCCUGCGUUUGUCACAGUGCAGAUCAGCCGUAGACCUCAUUAGGUUGGAUUGGUAACUCAAUUGAAUAUUUAAAACAUUAAAGCCACCAAAUUAUUAGUUUUUGGGUACAGCACCAAAAUUUAUUUUGAAAAUAAAAUUACAUUUUCUGAGCCGCUAAAUGUGGGUCUUGAUUUAGGAUGAACAUUCACUACCUCAACCGGUUUCAAACUAACCUUAAAUUUGCAUCAAAGGGUCUAGGAUCAAAGGCAACUUUAUCUUCCAGUGCCUCCGGGAAGGGUUGCACAGAUUUCAAAGUUUUUUUUUUCACACUGUUUCUAAUUUCUCAUUACAUGCGUUGGGUUAGCAAGAGCAAGGUGGAAUUGUAGAUAACCUUCAUGCAGUGCCAGAUUACUUGUCAAACAUCAUAAUUUAUAUUUUUAACAUGACCCACAAUAUAUUUGCCUAAUUAUUCCACUUUUGUAAUUUCACAUUUAUUUGUUACAGUGCUUUUUUGUGCCAUUGUCGCCUAAAUGAUAAACAUCCACGCUGUGAAACUGGUUGGCGGCAGCUCAUCAGCAGUCUGGUUGUGUUGCUUUCACUGUGGUUCAACAUGUUUACAGUUGUGCUGUGUGUUUAAUCAAAGUUGUUACUGUGUGUGAAUUUAGAAAACACUGUGGCCAAUCGUACACAUGUACAUAACGUUGCUUGAAGGGAGAUAUUUCUGGCACUGUUCGCCGAUUUAAUUUUGCCAUGAAAUGAUUUGCUUGAAUAUGCUCUCAAAUUCCCUAUUUUUGAGUUUUAUAUACAUUUUCUAAUUGUAUGUACAGUGCUUUAUUUACAAAGAAUUUUAUUAAUAUUAUCGAAUGAUCCAU